AUGUCCGGUAUGGUUGGACCUUUGAAGGACAAAGAACUUGAAAGAGCUGUUGAAAUGGACCCAACUCAAGUCUGUGGUGCGUUCGCUCUAACGAUAGAAAACGCAAGUAUUUGUAUGGCCGGAACGAGUGUAUGGGUCUGCGAGACUAUGGCGAGAAUUGGUCGAGAAGACGACUCGGAAUUAGAGCGGAUUGCCCGGUGCACAGCUCGAGUGUUUGUACAGGCGGCUGACGGCAUUUCAAAGAUCAUAGCAGAGCGAAAUGACGUUAACCAACCUUUCGUCUCGUCAACACCGAAGGUUUUACCGCAUCAACUUAUCAAUGUGAACAUGACUACAUUCGCAAAGAUACUCGACCACCAUCGCUCUCGACUUUUGCGUCAUUAUAAAGUUCCUGAGCAUGUUGAAGCUAUAGGGGACCAACUCGUUCAGUUACAACGCGCAUUCCGCAAAGAAGAACCACUUCGAGAGAUGAUAUUGGACAACCAAAAGAGUGGAUCAGGAUUUAAAAAGUGUUGGGACGAUAUCUACACUCGCUUUCCAGCUCUUGCUAAUUUCUGCUCUGGUAUUGCUUCAGCUUUCCCGAAUACAGCUACGGUCGAAUCCGACUUCUCAAUGAUUGGAGUACUGAAGAACGACUAUCGAACGUCACUAACUGACUUCUCCCUUGAAGGUAUUCUUCAUUGCAAGCAGUACAGCCAACUAGCAGCACUUGCAGCACACACGGACGUGAAGUCGGGUCAAGAUCAAAAACAAAAAACUAAGAUUUCAAAAGCCUCAAAACAAGCUAUUUUUGAAAAAUCUCAAAAUUAA